AUGUUAGGCUGGGUAACUCGCUGCCUGCCGGGCUUCAGCAUUAUUGGCCUGGUGCUGUUGCUGGUCUGCGCCUUCUCCGAUAUCCUCAAAUCCGAACUAUGGAAGAGCUACUUCCCUCCGUCCAAGAACCCCGCGCAGGGGGGCUUUUGGGGUGGCAUGAACAUAGCACAGAGCAUUUUUGUCGUAUAUGCGGUCCUCAUUCAUAUACAUAUGCUCGGUUUUACCCUUCGUCUGGGCUGGUCCAUCUUCCGAGCCACCGGAAAGGCCAAAACGGCUCUGGAGAGACGCAUCUGGUAUACUCCCCUUCCUUCGCCCCAGUCCGAGGACGAAGACUAUAUUCAGCAACCGGUUUCGCCAAUCUCCAUGUCAUCGGUGGACUCUCUGAUCUCGAAGAACCUCAAGACGGACGUUACCGUCAGCGAAGUUGUUGAGGAGGAGCUAGUCCAUGCUAUCAUCCUGCCCAACUAUUGCGAAGACCUCCACACGCUCGAAACCACGCUCAAAGUCCUGGCAAGUCACCCACGGGCCAAGUUGCAGUAUGAGAUAUACCUGGCAAUGGAACAAAAGGAAGAUACCUCCUCCGACAAAGCUGGCCACCUGCUGUCCAAGUUCGAAAAGUCCUUCCUCCAUAUCUGCAGCACCUUCCACCCGUCGGGUAUCAAGGGUGAAAUUGCUGGAAAGAGCUCGAAUGUGGCUUUUGCGGCGCGGCGCAUCGUGGAAAUUCAUCGCGAUGAAUUGAAUGAGGACUCUUGUAAUGUCGUGGUCACCGUCAUGGAUGCCGACACUCAUCUCUCGCGCGACUAUUUCACCGAGAUUCGUCGACUGCAUUAUGCCCACCUCAGCGAGGCAGACCGAUCCCUCUAUUGCUGCCCGAUUAUCUUCGAUCGCAACUCCCACGAGAGCCCCGUUUUGGUGCGAUGUGCAGAUCUGCUCUGGGGCUUUGCCGGAUUGUCGACCAUGUAUCCUGGAACGAUGAUCUCCAUACCAACCUCCGUAUAUUCGCUUCCGCUAUCCCUGGCCGAGAAGGUCGGUGGGUGGGACAGCGACCCGACCGCCAUUGGAGAAGACAUGCACAUGCUGCUGAAGUGUUACUUCGAGACCGCGGGCAACGUGAUCUCCCGUGUGGUGUACGUUCCCGCAAGCCAGUGCAAUGUGUCGAGUGACCGUGGCCAUGGCUGGAGACGUUCAAUGGACACCUUGUUUGCGCGGUAUCGCCAGGCUCUCCGACACAUGUGGGGAGCUCUGGACUCGGGCUUCGCGGCGCGGCGCUCACUGGGAUAUCUCCGCUUUCACAAGCGAUGCUUGUUCCUGCGCCCUCGACACUUUGCUCUGUUGGAGCUUCUGUAUGAGGCCCAUUUCCUGCCAUGUCAUCUGACCAUCAUCAUGCUGUUCUCGGUUAUAUACACCCUCUUGACACCCGCCGCACAGAUGCACCCCACCCUCGCAUGGGCAUUCUCCGUCACCGAUAUAGUGCGAGGGAUGUCAUUUGUUGGAAUGAAUAUCUGUCUUGCUUUGUAUGAGCGGUGGCACACACUCUGCCUCAACGCUCGCAUGCGCGAUAUGCGGGAAGCCAAUUUGCCCGACACGGGCUGCUCCCAGCGUAUCUGGUACAAGCCCCAAUACCUGCUUGACCGUAUCGCCUUCCCGAUCGCAGGUACCCUGUUCGGCGCCGUUCCAACGAUCCACGCCGUAUUCGCACACUUCUUCACCGACCGGUUGGUCUAUCGGGUCAGCAAGAAGCCUACCUUCAUCCUGGAUGCGGUGGCAUUGGCAUAA